AUCUAAGGUUUUGAUGACAGAUGAAGACGACGACAAGUUAUCACAAACCCUCAAACGCCUCCACGAUAUUCUAAAAGCCAACCCAUACCUCGAAUCAAUCUCCAUAAUUGAAAACCCUGAGCCCCUUACUCUAGAAUCUCUUCACCUAGCAAUAUCAAAAAAAGCUUUCAAAAAUCUCGGUUUAUUCGCAAGUCAGAAGUUUGUGAGUAUCUGUAAAGUAGACGAAUCUUUUAGUAAGGAUUCUCCGCUGGAAGAAUUGUCUACAGUGCUCGUUAUACUGAACCCUGAUGACAGUAAGCAUUGGAACUUUCGCAAGAAACUCUUCCGACAACACUACAUAAAUAACAAGAAGAAACUGUCAGCUGAGCUACUGUUGUCAGCUUGUUCCUUGAAACUUAAACCCAAAUCAGCUGAGCCUUUCAACCAUUGUCGCUGGCUCCUAGCCAAUAAUGGGGACGUGGUUGAUGAACAAACAAUUGUCAGUCAACUGAAGGUUUGUGAACAUUCUGCGGAAUCGUACAAACAAAACUACUACAGCUGGAACUACAGAUUCUGGCUUAUCAAAUCAUUUCCAAGGUUUAUAGUGCUAAAAGAAGAACUGGAUUGGAGCAAGCUGUGGGUAGAAUCUCAUAUUAGCCAGUUCUGUGGGAUGAAUUAUCGAUUUAACCUGCUGUUACUUCUUCUCGAAAACCCAAAUCCAAUGCUCAACGAAAGUUAUAAUUUCAAAAAAGAAAAUAUCAGAAUUUUUAUAUCGGAGUUUUCGUUUGUAUGUGACCUUGUUUUGUUUUAUCCAGAAACGGAGAGUCUUUGGUCGUAUCUCAGAUUGCUUUUGUUGUAUUGUGAUGCUAAUGAAAUUGAUUAUGUUAAGAAUUGUAGCAAGCGCUUGGCAAAUGUUGAUAAGAUAAAAAACCGGUUUGCGGUCCGUUUUAAGGAAAAUAUUAUUGCUGAGAAUUUGUUCUAGCAGUGGUGUGGGAAUUAUUCAUUUUCUGCUAUUUUUGUGCAAUGUUUCAAUAGUAUUUGUGAUUGCUUAAAUUUAGUUAUUCAUUCAAUAUAUUUAAAUGAAAGUAUUUGAUUAUGAUAGCUAGACAACUUCAUAAAGUUAUCAGCAUCAAGACUGUCAAUGCUACGGAAAAUUCAGAAAUGUACAGCAUUAUCAACUUUUAAAAAUUGUCAAAGUUAUCAAAUCAAAUAUGCUAUAACGAUAAACUUAAAAAAUCAUAAUCAGGUAGUGUUAAAUCUCACAAACUGUUGAACUAGUUGGCUUACUCUAGUUUGCUGGCAAAUUAUUAUUUCUCAAUUACCGGAGUCAGCUGACAUGAUGUUACGUAGUUAACUUAUUCGUUAAUAAACUUUUAAAACUUAUUAUUCGUUAAUAAACUUAUUAACUUAUUCGUUUAUAAACUUUGAAUUUGCUAAUACAAAUGAUAUAAGUACAAUUUUG